AUGGAAGUCACUGGUGACCUGGACGAAAAUGGCUUUGGUGGCGGGUCGGGGACAGCUGCCUCAAAUGCUUAUAACCCCUGUUCUAGGCUGUGCCUUCAGGAGUCCUGGGGGCAGAUCACCUCCAUGUACUUCAACACACACAAAAAAUACACGUGGCUGCAUUUCAGUGAGGACUGUCUGUACCUGAAUGUGUACGUGCCAGUAGGAGCGCUCGGGGACCCUCUGCUGCCUGUGAUGGUCUGGUUCCCAGGACACGCCUUCCUCGUGGGCUCCGCUUCCACGUAUGAUGGCUCCAAAUUGGCAGCCCGGGAGAAAGUGGUGCUAGUGCUUCUGCACCACAGCCUCGGUGUCCCGGACUUCCUUAGCACAGGCGAUAGCCAGGCCCGCGGGAACUGGGCGCCGCUGGACCAGGUUGCAGCUCUGCGCUGGGUGCCGAAGAACAUCGCAGCCUUCGGCGGAGACCCAGGUUGGGCGACCUUGUUUGGCCAGUCAUCAGGGGCCAUGUGCAUCUCGGGACUGUGCGGGAGACGCAGCCCCUCGGCUGUGCCCGCGCUGACCGCAGCCCCGCAGCGCCGCCGCCGCCGCCUUCCCUGCCCGGCAGACAGCGCCAGCCGCCUGGGAGCCCCGGGGGACGCGCCGUCCGGCCUCCAGCCAACUGCAGUGAUGGAUCCAGGCGCCUGGCGUGGGGCCAGAGCCCGGGCGGACGCGAGGGCGCCGGGAGCUGCAACUCGCCACCGCUGGGUGGUGGGGGCUUUGGGAGACCCAAGAGACAUCAAGCUUGCCCUCCAGAAGCCCUCAGGCUGUGGGCAGAAGCUCCAGGGGCUUGGCUGGGAUCCCAAGCUAAUGGAAACUCUGCUGUCCAGGGAGGCUUCAGGACGGCUAAAAGAGGAACCGGGCCCAGAGCUGGAGGACCAGUCCUGUAAGCCUGGGAGAGAGCACGGCCUCUACCCUGAGGUACUGGGGAGCCAAGGGAAGGACAUGUCCUGGUCAGGCUUAUCUUCCAGGAGGUUACAGAGUACAGAGCAACUGGAGGAGGAGAGGGAAGAAGUGGGGAGGCCGGGGGAGGGUGGUGCAGAACUGGACAGUGAGUUCUGGACAUGGAACAGAGCAAACAAUUUCAUAAAGCAGAUGGGCGAGGUCAACUCUGAACACCCCCUCUCCCCCAUCCAUAGGUGGGCCCCUGGCUCAGAGCUCUCCCACCCAGCCCAGCCUGGGAACUCAUGUGAACCCUCCGCAGGGCCUGGGGUAUCUCUGCCCCAACCAAGUGGGACCAGGAAAAGCCCCAAGAGGGAGUCCAGUCCAAGGAGCAGCUCUUCUGGCCUGAGGGAAGGACUAGUAGCUUCCAGGGCCUUCCAAAGACCCCAGACCCAAGACUCCAAAACGCUGGCCCUGCUGCUGGGGCUCUCACCAUCUGGUGGGGACACCACCAUGAGUUUUUUGCUCCUGAAUCAUGGGAUUCUACAGUGCUAGGAAAGGCUGCUGAUGGACAGGGGACUUGGGUUUGAAUACAACUGUUCCUUCUGCUCUGUGAUCUCAGACACUCGGUGGGCCUCUCUGAUCCUCUCUGCCAGGAGGAAUUCUGACCUUGCCUGCCUUCUAGGUGACCACUACAUCUAUAAUCCUCAGCAUAUCUGGAAAAAGAAUAACUUUUCGAAGAGGGAGGAUGGAACCAUAUCCAAACAACUGUUGGUAGUGGGACCAAGGCAGCAGGGAAACAGUCUGGAUGUGGACCUCAUUCUGGUGGCACAGACUCCCUCCCACUUCCAGGUAUUAUGGAAGCCAGAAGAGCUGUUGCAAGACACACCUCCAGGGAGCACCAUUUACCUGGUUUACAGUGUGAAUGAGCCCCAGGAUGUUACCUGAGCUCCAUGCCCUACCUCCUCUGAACUUGCCACCUACACGCACAAGUACAACACCCAUGCCUCAGAGAAGGCUCUGAUGGGAUCUCUUGGUUACCACCUAACCCAAAGCAUCCACACUGGACAGUCUUUGCAGCUCCGUCCUCCCCUCCAGCCUGUCCAUGUUUACCUUCAGCUCCCAGACCUGGUCCAGCCACCAGGCCAGCCAGAUUAUGUGAAGCAGAAUCCUUUGAAGGGGCUGUGGAUGUAGCAGACCCCAGAGCCACAGGGAAUCCCUUCCAGGGCCACUCUGACCCUGGCACUGCCACUGUCUCUGGCUCAGCUACAAAAGGAGGCACACCACAGGCAGCUAUCCUCUGCUGUAGGAGAUCAUUAACUCCCCAGCCUUGUUAAGCCAGCUUCCUUUUCCAGGCCCUUCUUAGCUCAUUUUAUGUUGGUUUUUUUUUUUUUUUUUUGAGGGGGUUUCUUUUGGCCACAGUGUGCGGCAUGUGGGAUCUUAGCUCCCUGACCCAGGAUCGAACCGACGCCCCCUGCAGUGGAAGCAUGGAGUCUUAACCACUGGAUGGCCAAGGAAGCCGCCUCAUUUUAUGAUAUUUUGACUGGACCUUGUAUGGACUCAAGUUGUUAUCCAGUUCUUCCCUUGAUGGCCAACAUUUACAGCUGGAUUUUUAUCAAAGUAUGAAGUUGUACAAAUCCUAGAAUUUCAUAGCUAGAAAGGACCUUAAAGAUUGUCAUAGCCACCAUGCUUUGAGAGUUUAUAACUUUGUGUCAGACACUUUGUACAGAUGUUUUUGGCUGCCCAGUAUAUCCUUUCCUUUUCCUAUGACAUCACCCUGUCCACAGAGAUUCACAGUGUCCACACUUCAGGGAUGAGCACGUAACCCAAAUUUGGCCUAUUAAAGUCAAUCCCAAGAUUUUUGUGGGAAUAUCAGGAAAGAGUAGUCCUUACCUCUUGAAGGUGAGUCAGCAUGUGAAUGAAGCUAAAACAUAACAAAGAGACCGAGAGAAAGAGAGACAGACAGACAGACAGAGACAGAAAGAGAGACAGAGACAGAUUUCUGGUUUCAGUGCUUGAACACCUGGAUCUAGCCAUGCCUGAACCAAGAAUUUUCAAUUAAAUGAACUGAUACAUUUCCUUUUUUUGUGGAAGUUAGUUUUAAUUGGGUUUUUGUCACUUGAAGCCAAAACAGUCUUGACAAGUAUGAGUAGAUGUCUCUGUCCUCAAUUUUUUGAUUAGAAAUCUGAGGAACCAGCUAACUCUGGGUUCUCAGGCAAGUCACUAAAGCUCUCUGACAUCAGGUUGCUCUGACAAAGAUUGAAAGGACUGAAUUUCUUCAACUUCAGGACUCCUUUGCUCUCCUGGGAUCUCUGGAGCUACCUGGCCACAUGCCCUUAAAAGAAUCAAUCACUUGUUCUGAGUCUCAAUUUUCUGAGCUACAAAAUAGGACAGUCAUUCCUUCCCUCCUUACCUUGGGAGAGUCCAGUGAGAAAGUGUUUGGAAAAUUGCUUGUACUAAAGCAAAUGUUAUGUAGUGUGCAUAUUAUACAAAGGAGGAAUCUCAGCUCAUACCAGACAACCGUUGUCCCAAAAUGGCUCAUAUCUCUUCCAAAACAGUUUUUUAACACUUUUAAAAAUAAAACUUAAGACAUUAACACAUAUUUAUAAAGAAGGCUUACCCACAGCAUCUCAUUGGGCAGGAUCUAGCUCAGGACAGGCCCAGGUAAAGUAAGGGAUAUGGCACUGAGUGAAGCUUGCUUGGGAAUCACUCUUUGUCACAGCUGAGCUCUCUAGGAAGCUUUACCUUCAGGCUGUUUUUUGUUUUGUUUUGUUUUAAUAAAUUUAUUUAUUUUUUGAGGC